AAUGAUUUGACCCACAAAAAACCACAGUCUCUCUCGAUUUGGGAUUCGAGAGAUAGAAACCCUAACUCAGAUUUUUCAUUCCGAUGGAGGCGGACGAGCGGCGGAACGGCGAUUCAACGAAUCAUAAUCACCGCGCACCGAAGAAGCCACGCCUCGCUGGGUUGAUAACCGAGUCGGAUAUCCAGUCCGAGUUCGCUCACCACCAGACCGGUAUUGCUCGAAUCAACAACGGUAGCUUCGGGUGCUGUCCUGGAUCUGUUCUCGAGGCGCAGCGUGAGUGGCAGCUUCGGUAUCUUCGUCAGCCUGACGACUUCUACUUCAACGGUCUCCGUCGUGGACUUCUCGCUUCUCGAACUGUGAUCAGUGACCUUAUCAACGCCGAUCAUGUUGACGAGGUUUCGCUCGUUGAUAACGCCACCACUGCCGCAGCUAUUGUUCUUCAGAAAGUCGGAAGGGGUUUCUCCCAAGGCAAGUACAAGAAGGAAGACACGGUAGUGAUGUUUCACUGUGCGUUUCAGAGUGUGAAGAAGUCGAUUCAGGCUUACGUCUCUCGUGUCGGAGGUUCUACUGUUGAGGUUAGGUUGCCUUUCCCUGUAAAUUCGAAUGAGGAGAUUAUCUCAGUGUUUAGAGAAGGAUUAGAGAAAGGUAGGGCGAAUGGUAGAACGAUUAGGUUAGCUAUCAUUGACCAUAUAACGUCGAUGCCGUGUGUUUUGAUGCCGGUACGAGAAUUGGUUAAAAUCUGCAGAGAAGAAGGUGUGGAGCAGGUUUUUGUUGAUGCUGCUCAUGCCAUUGGUAGUGUUAAAGUUGAUGUAAAAGAAAUUGGAGCUGAUUAUUAUGUGAGUAAUCUGCAUAAAUGGUUCUUUUGCCCACCUUCUAUCGCGUUUUUCUAUUGUAAGAAACGUAGUUCUGACUCUGAUGUUCAUCACCCUGUGGUAUCUCAUGAGUUUGGAAAUGGUUUGCCUAUAGAGAGUGCCUGGAUUGGGACUAGGGAUUACAGUUCGCAGCUUGUGGUUCCAUCUGUGAUGGAUUUUGUAAACAGAUUUGAGGGAGGGAUCGAAGGGAUAAUGAUUAGGAACCAUGAUGAGGCUGUUAGAAUGGGUUUAAUGCUGGCUAAUUCCUGGGGAACGAAUCUUGGGUCACCUCCUGAUAUGUGUGUUGGGAUGGUUAUGAUCGGUCUACCUUCAAAACUCUGUGUUGAAAGUGAUGAAGAUGCUACUAAGUUGAGGUCAUAUCUGCGGGUGCAUUACUCAGUUGAGGUUCCAGUGUAUUUUCUCGGAUUGAGGGAUGGCGAGGAAGGAGUGAAAGACAAAGAGAGUGGACUAAUUACUGCGUAUGUUCGGAUCUCUCAUCAGGUUUAUAACAAAACAGAGGAUUAUGAGAGAUUGAGAGACGCAAUAACAGAGCUGGUCAAGGAUCAGAUAACUUGUCAAAACCUUCCUUCAGUGUAGUAAUCAGAUAUGCUGGUUUGGUGGCAGAUGUACAUAAGAGCCUCAUUUAGUCUCUUUCAUAGAUCAACAAAUGUUUCCGGUGUGACAAUAAGGUGUUGGAAGAGCCACGGGCAAAGAUUCCGGAUGGAAGUUUAUAGAGGAGCUAGUGGAGGAGCGGUUUGCAAUGGGAGAAGAAGCUAACCUUGAGAGGCUCUUUCUUUUGUUAGUGUUUUUAAACGUUUAACGGCUUUUUUUUUUUCUGGUAUGCUGAUUAUUGCAAAUAAAAUAAGAGAAUGUCCCUUCAUCUUCCUCAAACAUUCUGCUUUCAAAUCUUUUUUCAUAAUACCAAUAAAUUUUCCUUAAAUUCUUGUUCAUAA